UUGAGCUGCUUGUCCAGAAUUUGCUUUCGUGUCUCGCAGCCGAACCAAACCGCCGCCCCGCCGCCGCCGCCGCCGUGCUGGCGAUGUUCAGGCACCUCCUUCCCCUCCGACGGCGCUUCUCUACCUCGGCAGCCUCUAACGCCGCACCUACACUCUACUCUGGUGGCAGCAACCCCGUCUCGAUCCUCUCGUGGGGCCGCGGCGCGUCGGGCCAGCUCGGCGGCGGCAAGGAGGAGCGCCGCCUCUACCCGUCGCCGGUCGCCCACCUCCUCCUCCCUGAUCCUUACCCGCUCCUCCCGCCCACCCCUGGCCGCCUCCCCGCCGCCGCGGAGACAUCCGGAUUGGAGGUGGGGAUCUCCUGCGGGCUCUUCCACUCGGCGCUCCUCGUCGAUGGCGGCACCUGGGUGUGGGGCAAGGGUGAUGGCGGCCGCCUAGGACUCGGAGACGAGUCCUCCGCCUUCGUCCCCCGCGCCAACCCCAACCUCAGCGACCUCCGCGUGCUCGCGCUCGGCGGCAUCCAUUCCGCCUCCCUGACCGCUUCCGGGGACGUCUUCACCUGGGGUUAUGGGGGUUUCGGAGCUCUGGGACACUAUGUUUACCAUAGGGAGCUGUUGCCGAAGAAGGUGAAUGGUCCUUGGGAAGGGAAGAUAUCGCACAUUGCCACGAGCGGAGCGCAUACUGCCGCAAUCACAGACUCAGGUGAGCUUUACACUUGGGGCCGUGAUGAAGGUGACGGUAGGUUGGGACUUGGAAGUGGGGGUGGUCCAGGCGAAGCUGGAUCUCUCAGUGUUCCUUCCAAGGUGAAUGCGCUGCCUGUUCCAGUUGCUGCGGUAGCUUGUGGUGGCUUCUUCACUAUUGCGCUGACUUCAGAAGGACAACUAUGGAGUUGGGGAGCAAACUCGAACUUCGAACUUGGCAGAGGAAGCAAUUCCAGUGAUUGGAGGCCACAGCUUGUCCCUAGCCUAAAAAAUAUCCGUGUAGUCCAAGUAGCAUGUGGUGGAUACCAUUCCUUAGCUUUGACAGAUGAAGGUGAAGUUCUCUCGUGGGGACAUGGUGGACAUGGACAACUCGGGCAUCCUGCCAUACAAAAUCAUAGAGUUCCACUUGCCAUUAAAGCUUUGUCCGGGGAGCGAAUAGUCUACAUAGCCUGUGGAGGAUCGACUUCUGCUGCCAUAUCAGACAAAGGUGACUUGUACAUGUGGGGAAAUGCAAGAGAUUGUCAGUUAGGUGUUCCUGAUCUUCCAGAAGUGCAACCACUACCGGUUAAAGUUAAUUUUCUUGCUGACGGUGAUGAGGAUCCGAGUCCGCCUCACGUCAUCUCCGUUGCAAUAGGUGCUUCCCACGCCAUGUGUUUGCUCUCGAGGCAAAAAAUCGAGAAAUAAUACCUUUUGAGUUUUCAGCUCUGUAAAUGCACUCAGGUAGGAUCAGGAUCUCUCAUCUCUACUGGUUGGAGCUUGCUGACUCAGCAUGUGGAAACUAGAAACUUCUGCUCAGCAAAGCCUGAUAUCAGCGAGAAACAAUAAAAUUCUUGUUUCAAUCAAGCACAGGCAUGUUGUAGUUUCUUCAAUUUCAGCACUGUUUUUCUGGGGUUAGAUCGAGCCGCAUAACAUGAGGAAGAGGAAUGAUUUGAGUGUAGACCUUAUACUUUUCUGAUCUUGGGUUCGUGGAGCCUAAGCUGUAGUAGUUGCUAAGACGACCAAAAUUUUGUGACAUGCUGAUUAUACACUGCUGGCUUGCACUGGGCACCUGGUUCUGGUUGCUGUUCAAUAAACCAAGCAGAAAAUAGGAUACUAGUUCAUGAUUUUCUGACUCCAUGUCCUUGCCGAAUUAUUCAUGUGCUAUUCUUUCAAUGAAGAGCAAUCCAUCCAAUACAUUGUAACAGUGAUUUCGAAGGCCAAUUUUCAGUUGGUCGAUCUAAAAAUCAAAAUUUUAAUUGAUUGCUUCAUGUUUAUUUGCGAUAAACAUAUUGUUCUUGACCCAACAAAAACUGGGCAACGAGUGCCCGCUGAUUCUGUCCCGUUUGCGUUAAAGCGUCGGUGAGUGACUAGGUCGAUCGCCGGCGGCAGCCGAGCCCGAGGAUCCAAUGCGGCUCCAUUGCCAUUCCCCACUCAGAUCUCAUCUCCUGUUCUUUGUGCAAAAACAAAAAUUUGAAGAGUUUUUUUUUAGGCCAAAAAUUUGAAGAGUUAAGUGAGGAAGGACGAAGACGAGCUGUAGAAAGAGGCUCGUCGUGCUCCGCCGCCGUUCCUGUCAAGAAGAACCCCCGGAGAAGACGAGGGGGGAAGUGCUCUCUUGAUUCGCUCCAGAUCUUCAAGGGCUUCCAUCUCAGUUCAUUCUUUCAUCAUCGAGCGUUACCGCAAAGACAUCCGGUCAUCCUUUGAACCUCACCGUGCGUAUGUAUUAACACACAGCGCCUCCUGGAUUUUUUAGUUUUCAACAAAACAAGUGGCUCUGAGGCAAACAAGUGACUCUGAGGGGGAGGUACUAGCAUGACUGAAAGGGAGUUGAUUGACAAAGAUAAACUUGUACUUCGAGGUUUGCAGUUCUAUGGCUUUCAUGGAGUGAAGCAAGAAGAAAAGACUCUAGGACAAAAGUUUGUCGUGGACGUUGACGCAUGGAUGGAUUUUAGUGUUGCUGGUGAGACUGACAGCAUAUGUGAUACAGUUAGCUACACUGAUAUCUACAGGAUCGUCAAGGACGUAGUUGAAGGCCCAUCUAAUAAUCUUUUAGAAUCAGUGGCUCACCGGAUUGCAAGAGACACACUGCUUAAGUUCCCUCAAAUCUCCGCUGUCCGAGUGAAAGUUGGGAAACCUCAUGUUGCUGUGCAAGGAGUCGUUGAUUAUUUAGGUGUUGAGAUAUUGAGGUAUAAAAAGGACAUCAGAGGAAGUUCAUCGGGAGCUCCAAUAAUCUAGUGUCAUACUGAGGAUUGCAUGUCCACAUUUUAUUUUUGGAGUUGUUUGUACUUUGUACCUCAAUUAUUAGUACUCAAUGUUGGUUUUAAAAGCUAUUAUUCAUCUAAAAGUGGGUGAAGCUACCCUCUGGGGCUGAAGUAAAUAUUGCAAGUUAUCUUCUC